UAGUAAUGGGCCAUCGUCAUUUUCAGAAUCGUUAGAAUCACUAGGAACCAUACUUGGAAGCUUAGGCUUUAUUAUAGAGCUUAGUGAAGAAAAAAAUGAUAUUUCAAUAAUAGAACUUGAUUUAAUACCUACUGCAAAUCGUGAAAAUAAAGUAUAUUGCAAAUACUUUUUGUGUGCUGAGGAAGGUUAUGGUAGCACUUGGAAGUCUACAAUAGCAUAUUCUGAACCAUUGAAUUCAGAGUUAUCACAGACUUCAGAGCCAUCAUCAUCAAGUGAUGAGAAUGACAAAGAUUUUUCUGAUUGCAAUAGUGCUUUAAAUGUUCUUGGUUCAGAAGAUCCUGAAGAUAAUUAUUCAAAUUAUUCUAAAUGGGAAGAUUUUUUUGAUUCUGAAAGCUCUGAAGAUAAUUAUUCUGAUUACUCUCCAAAUGAUAUAAAAAAUAUU